CAAUGCAGGACAUGCAAGUUAUGGCAAAACCAUAGGCAAGCUGGAAAAACAAAGGAGAGAAUCUUUCUGUUACCAGAGUAAAGGGGAAGAUGGGAGGAGGUGUUACAAAGAGUCCAUUUGAGGAAACUGGGAGUUGUAAGUAUAGUGGCUUUUCACUGCUGAGUUGUGACAGUCUUUCACUGGCUGAGCUGUUGCCAAGGCAAAAAGAAACUCUUCCUUUCCCUUACUGUGGUAAUAAAGGAGAAAAAUCUUCCUGUUGGAGAUUCAAGGUACCCCUUCUCCCUGUUUGGAGGUAAAUGAUCACGAGUAGUAAAGCCUGCGAGCUCCCAGUAUAGGCCCUUCCCGACUCCAAUUUUAGUUGAGGUUUCCUUUAGUAAUUUUCAGUUUUAACAAGCAAAGUAAUCCACACAGGAAAUAUCUUAGUUCUUUUCAUCACUGGUCAUGCCUUGCACGUUUAGCAGCUGAUCUGAGGUGGAUAAAUAGCCCGUACUGGCCACCCCCACUCCUGGAACCCCACUUUUCUCGUCUGUAAAAGGGGUAUUGGUGAUCCUUCACUCCCUAGGGCUGUGGUGAGUAGAAAGGCUCCUGCUUUCAAUGUCAGUUCCCUCUGCCUCCCCUAUAUGGCUGUCGGGGACACCCGGGAGAGAGACGGGGCAGAGACUAGACUAGGGCUUCUCCAGAGCCAGGCGCCAGGCGCCAGGCGCAGCCCACACCAGUCCCAAGUUCUAACCACACCCUGGGCCCAGCUGCCCCACUCCAAGGCGGGGAGCAGGUGUACUUCCGCCACCCAUAAGUAUCUCGCACGUGGCGGGCCGGGCGGGGUGCGGAGCGGUAGCUCCGCUGCGCAGUGCCAGCAGUCUGCAAGGCCAGGACGAUGAACCUGACCUCCAUGCCUCGCUCCCCGCGGCCGGGCCGGACCGCGCCCCCCGCGAGCCAGUCAACGAUAUCUCCCGUCGUGGAGCUGAACGUGGGAGGCGAGUUUUAUACUACCACCGUAGGCACCCUGAGAAAACUCCCGGGCUCAAAGCUGGCAGAGAUGUUCUCCAGCUCAGCCAAGGUCUUCACGGAUGCGGAAGGCCGCUUCUUCAUUGAUCGCCCCGGCACUUAUUUCGGACCCAUCCUGGACUACCUGCGCAGCGGGCAGCUGCCCACGCAGCACAUCCCCGAGGUGUACCGUGAGGCUCAGUUCUACGAAAUCAAGCCUUUGGUCAAGUUCCUGGAGGACACGCCGCAGAUCUUUGGUGAGCAGGUGGCACGGAAGCAGUUCUUGCUGCGAGUGCCCGGUUACAGCGAGAAUCUGGAGCUCAUGGUGCGCCUGGCGCGCGCAGAGGCCGUGGCGGCGCGCUACUCCAGCGUCCUAGUGUGUGCAGUGCGCACGGAAGAGGAUGCCGCGCACUGCGUGGAAUCGCUGCGCGUCCUGGAGGCGGACAAGAGGUUGGUCGUCCAAUUCGGGCCUUGGAAAGCGGCCCCGGUCAUCAGGGACCUCCUGGACUCCGUGCGGAUGGACAUUGAGGCCCAGGGGUACCAGGUAACCUAUGACUACUGCUCCACGAAGACAUUCCAGCCUAAGCUAGGGGUCAGUGAAUACUUCUAUACGUUCCACUUUACCUGGUGGUGAUCCUCACGGGCGGGGACUGUUAAUGUACCCUGGUGGGGCUUAUGAAAUUAAAAGUUGCCUUCAAAAGCCAUCUUCCUUUAAUUUCAAAAACAAACAUCAAACAAUUUCCAAAUUGGUCUGUGAAGCUUGCCCCCAAAUAUUUAUCUCCCCUUGAGGACUUUCCACUCAUUGCAACGGACUCCGCUUGUACUUGCCUAGGUAGUGAGGUGCAACUACUUCUUUAAAGCCACAUGUACCUGUCAGAACCUUACCUUGAAGUCAAAUAGUAAGGCUGAGAUUAAUUGGAAUGCUCCAAAAAUGCUUUGGCUGGAGAUGCGGGGUGUCAACAGGAAAACAACAGGAUAUCAUGAAUCUAGUCUGAUCUAAAAAAAGUAAUCUACCCGGCCUCAGCCGAUGGGCCAAUCCUUUAGCCCUGGUAUGUGCCUUAGGAGGAAGAUGCCAAGUUAGUACCUGUAGUAGAUGCCACCCAGACCUUCUGUCCCAGAUGCUGUGAGUGUUGGCUGCUAAAGCCUCACAGCUGUCCUCUGCUUUAGAGCAGUGGUUUGCAAAAUGUGGUCCCUGGACAAGCAGCAUCAGCAACACCUGGAUACUUGUUAGAACUACAGAUUCUCUGACCCUUUCCCUACCCCCACACCUACUUAAUCAGAAACCCUGGGAGUUGGCCCAGCACGUUUAACAAACUCUUCAGGUGCUUAUGAUACACUCUAAUCUUGAGACCUGCUCUGAAAAAGAAUUUCCAUUUCUCUUGUGUAGAGGUACAGAAGACUGACCCCUAACUUCAAGGAAGAACCAGAUCUGGUGGUGCACUUCCUGUUCAGAGCUCCUUGUGGGAUCAGGCAGAAGUCAGUCCUCAUCUGACACCAUAUUCUUGUUGAGCAUUCUUCCUCUGCUCUACCCCAUUUCCCUCAUUCCCCUUCCCUUGAGAGCACAUCCACAAUGAAUCACUUGCACAAGAGAGUCUUUCAGGUUCUGCUUCUCAACCUAAGACAUAUGUAACUCUAAGGAGGACACAUGUAGACAUUCAUCCUUCUACAAGUCCAGGCCUGGGUUAGAUGGCUCCCUUCCCUGCCUAGUAGGGUGACCAGCCAUCUUGGGUUCCCUAGGACUGAAAGUCAAGUUUAAGUGUCCAAGUUUAAGGAAUUAACACUAAGUCAGGGAGUUUCACAUUUAAACAUAAAAUUGCUCAGAACAAAGUUAUUUUCAACAAGCGUUAUAAUUCAGUAAGUUGUAUGUUUUUUCUUAUUUGCAAAGCUUGUUCUAUGUUUUCCUUUUUUGGUAUUUAAUAUGGCUGACAAUUUAAAGUGAAAAACUCCUGAAUGUCUAUUUGAAUUUUUUAUCAUGAAGCAAUUCAACAUUAUUUAUCAAAAGCCUGAAGAGGAAGUUCAUAUCUUUUGAUUGGUAUGAUCAAUGUAAGAUUAGAUUGUAAGGGGACACCCUGCUUCUUAAGAUUGAAAUAGGAUAGUUUAAAAUUUCAAUUUUAUGAAUUUUGGAAAGGUCAGUGUUCUCCCCAAGAUUUCUGCACAUUCCCAGAGGGCUUGUCUUCUUGUGGUUGGCUCUGGUUCUUUGCUUCUGCUGGAUUCAUUCAGCAUAGGGAUCAUCUAGAUGUAUUGAACUGGUUGUUGCUGUUCUGCACAAUGAUCACCCAGAUUUAACACUCAGGUCUUUUUCCUAAUUUUUACAAAUGCCACUCCCAUGAGCUAUUUGUGCACAUAGCAGACUGUGGAAAAUACAGGCAAUGAAGAGGAGAGUCUACAAUGCAAAUAACUUGAAUAUUGGACAUAUCUAUUCUUAAAAGUGUUGUCAGUCACCCCCAUCACUAGGGGCUUUUCACUAGUAGAUUGUAUUUGUUUCCUAUUCUUUCUUCCCUCCCUGUUCUUGCCAUGCUUCUCUGUAGGUGGGUGUAACCUUCCCCAUCCCACUGACUUUGUGUUUGGCCUCAUGACUUAAUCUGGCCAAUGGACUAUGUGUGGAAGUGACAGUGUGCCAGUUCCAAACAGGCUUUAGAGGCAUGCCAAGUUUC